AUGGCAACCCGUUCCCGGCCACCCUCUCGAGCCCGCUCCCCUGUUGAUCAGGGACAGCUGGAACCCCUCUUUCUGCCAGCCUCCCCUGAGCUUGGCAAAAUAUCUCUCAAGCGGGUCAUCCGCCUUCUCUGGGGACUCCAAUCCCAGGUUGACCGCAUCGAGCAGGCCCUCUUGGAACAAGCCAAAGUUAGCCAAGAGGUUCAAACCAAUGUUGAGAACAUCUUGCAAAUGGUCAAUACUGUCAAGGAUGGGCUUGCCCAGCUCCAGCACGCCCAGGGUCCCCACACCCCAGAAGAACAAAAACCCCCUGCGGUUGAGGAAACUCCCAGGGCCGCGCCCAAAGCUGAGCCUAUUGGCAAGGCUCAACCCUUCCUUGGGGCCCCAGCCCCCAUCAUCUCCACAGGGGCUCCCUGGCGCAACCCCCUCUCAUUAUUCAACCCAUACCCUUCCUCCUCCUUCCCUUUGGGACCGGCUCCAGCCCCCCAAGGACCUCCACCAGCGCCUAUUGUCACCCCGGCGCAGCCUCCAGUCCCCUCCACUGUAAAGGUGGACCACCCAGAUGCCUUCAAAGGCAAAAUAGGGUCAGAGGCCAAACAAUGGCUAACACGCAUGUUGGCCUGGGUUUGCCUCAACCAGAGGCAGUUCCCCUCGGACCUGGAGGUCCUCAGCUUCCUUCUCAUGAACAUGGAGGAAGCGGCAGGGGCCUGGGCCCAUCCCCACCUGGACCAACUAGGGUCCCAUCGCGCACUCAUCCAAACUGUGGAUGAGUUCAAGAACAAAUUCCUGGCUGCUUUUGGCAACCCAGAUGCAACCAGAGCAGCAGAGCAGAAAAUCACUUCCCUCACUCAGACCAGCACUUGUGCCAAAUAUAUUACUAAGUUCCGCACGCUGCAAAUGGAACUUGACUGGAACAACGCCGCGCUCCGCGGCCAAUUUGCGCGAGGACUUCACUGGGAGGUCCAAAGACAGAUUGCCACAAGGGAAAGGCAACCCCAAAUCCUGAGGGAGCUACAAGACGCUGCCCUCAUCAUUGACAACGCCCUCUGCAAGGAGCAAGCCAGCCACCCGCAACAGGGUAGUAAGCCUGGUAAAACUUCUUCCACCCCCAACCAGGGGGCAAGUACCGGCCAACAGGCCACAAAAACCGGUCCCCUCUCCUCCAAUCCCAACUACGUCUUGGAAGAGGAACGCAACCGCCGCUGCACAGAAGGUCUCUGUGUGAAAUGCGGCAAAGCAGGGCAUAAGUUUGCCAAAUGCAGGACCGGCUGGAAGGCUACCCCCAGGGAGGAUAAGGGGAAAGCCAAGGAAACCGCCAAGACUGGCAAAGACUCCAAGUACCAAUUGGGAAAAGAAAUUGCACCCCUUUUCACAAUUCCAAUACAGCCAGAAAAACAAGCGGAAUCAUUAGAAGUCCUGAUUGAUUCAGGUGCCACAUCAUCCUUCCUACACCCCUGUACCGCGGAACUACUCCGCCUUCCACUCAUUGAUCUCCCUAUACCCCGUAUUGUCACUAUGCUCAAUGGGUCAAGCCCCCAGGCUGGCAAAAUCUGGAAGAAGGCAGUCCUGACCUUCUCCCUUGAUGGCAAGAAAAUAACAGAGACCUUCCUUAUAUGUAAUACUGGUUCUCACGCUGCUAUUUUGGGAUUGAAAUGGUUGGAGGCCCACAACCCGGAUAUUGAUUGGAAUACGCACACCCUUACCUUCCCUCACACAACCCCCAAACACGUGGCCAUUGCUGAGGAAGAGGAAGCAGAUAAGAACCCUCUUGAAGGAGUACCCUCUGAGUACCAUCAAUAUGCCAAGGUAUUUGGGGAAGAAGAAUUCAACAAACUUCCUCCUCACCGGCAUUAUGACAUCGGAAUUGAACUCACGGAAGAAGGACCUUUGAAUUUGCCCCUCUAUAGCAUGACUGAUGCCAAAUCCGCCACGCUCAAGGACUGGCUCAGGGACAAACUCAAGGCUGGGAAAAUCCAUCCCAGUAAAUCAUCCAUUAGUUCCCCUGUCAUGUUUGUACCCAAAAAGGAUGGCUCCCGCCGAUUGGUUGUUGACUACCGCCGCCUUAACAACCGGACCAAGAAGAAUGUAUACCCGCUGCCCUGUCCUGAUGAUCUUAUGGCCCAGCUCUGUGGCGCCAAAAUCUUCACUAAACUAGAUCUACGUUGGGGAUAUAACAACGUCCAGGUAAAAGAAGGCAACAAAUGGAAAACGGCCUUCCGCACUAAGUACGGCCUAUACAAGUCCCUAGUCAUGACCUUUGGCUUAACCAACGCCCCCGCUGCCUUCCAACAUUUCAUGAACAAAUUGUUUAAAGAUCUGUUAGACGUUUGCAUCAUCAUUUACCUUGAUGACAUCCUGAUCUACUCCAAGGAUGACACAACUCACACGCAACAUGUUCAUGAAGUCCUGCAGCGGCUAUUGGAUAACCAACUGUUUUGUAAGGCAUCAAAGUGUACAUUCCACGUCACUUCUGUGGAAUACCUGGGAAUCAUUGUCUUGGAUAAGGGUUUUAGCCUGGAUAAGCUCAAGAUCCAGGCAGUACAAGAAUGGCCGGUCCCCACAAAGGUUAAAGAAGUCCAAUCAUUCUUAGGGUUUGCCAACUUCCUCCGUUGA